AUGUCACUAACAUCAAAAGAAGCAUUUGCAAAACUUCCCCAAAAAUUACAUAACUUUUUCAUAAAAUAUCCACCAAGACCCUUUUCACAAUAUCAAAAUAGACCAUCAUUAAUAACGGAUUCAUCAAAAAAUCCAUUUUUCCCAAAUAAAAAUCCAGAAACUGGUAAAUGGCAUAGUUCACAAUAUUCAAGAAGAAGAUCAGCAGACUUAUUCAAAUUAGCAAAAAAAUUUGGUAUACAAGAUUUACUACCACCAACUCCAAGAAAAUUCCAUGAAGAUAAAUAUGAAAAUAAGAAAUGGAUGCAAGGUAUGAUACAACCUGCUGGUAGAUCAGAUCAAGCUGAAUUGGAAGAGAAAUUUAGAAAGAGAGAAGAAGCAAUUAAGAAUAUGGAUAAUUUGAUAGUCAAAGCCAGACCAAGUUAUAAGAAAUUAUUGAAGAAAAAAGAAGAAAGAAGGAAAACGUGGUUUUAA